AUGAGCGAAGAGCGUGUUAGCAGUGCAUUUACUGAAGAAGGGACUUUAUUACAAGUUGAGUAUGCUCUUGAAGCAUCUAAAAAGGGAAUGUCUUGUGUAGUACUAUAUGGCAAAGAAGGAAUAGCUAUGGCAGCUGCUAAAAGAGUACCUGAGAAGCUUAUGGAUGCUAAUUAUCUAUCAAGUUUCGUUGAAAUUCUACCUGGACUUGUAGCUAUUACUACUGGAUACCAAAUGGAUGUACAAGAGACAGUAAUGCGUCUAAAAAAGGAUGCAGUUGAUUUUGCUUAUGAUUUAGGCCGCGAUCCCACUCCAGAUCUAGUUUGUCGUCGUAUGGCCGAUCGGUGGCAGCGCAAGACGCAAGAGAGUCAUAUGCGACUGCCUGGUGUUGCUUUAGCCGUAGUGGGGUAUGAAAAGGGUCAACCUCUGAUAUACUAUACGGACUGUUCUGGGACUUUACUGCCAUGUAAGGGUAUGGCCUUUGGUGAGGGCGGGUCAGCCAUGCAAAAGCAGCUGGAAAAGAUAUACAAGCCAGAGAGUACUAAUGAUGAAAUUCUUGAGCAGGCCCUAGAUGCUCUUUCUAAAGCACUUGGUGCGGACUAUUUAGCUACUAAUGUUGAGUUGGCUUUAUUGGCUAAAGAUAAGAAACUGGAGCGUAUGGAGACGGAUAAGAUUGAUUCUUUAUUGGUUUUGAUUGCGGAAAAGGAGUAG